AUGAGUUAUGCCUUAACAGUUAAUAGGCGGCUUAUAUUGAUGCUGCUCAUUACAUGCAGUAUCUACCAAUGGUAUGGAAAUUCAGUUUCUGCAGUCGAUAUUUGCAGGAAUAAAGACAACUGCCUUCAAACUUGUGACUCCACGAAAUGUUCGUCUUCCUGUAUUACUUCCACGGCCUGUGACCAGAUAUGCAAUGCAAAGGAUUGCAAUAUGGAAUGCCAAGCUGACGUUGAUCGCUGCGUUCAAGUAUGCAAUAAUGAAGACUGCCAGAUUACAUGCAAUUCCAAAAAGUGUGAUCAAGUUUGCAAUGGUGAACAGUGUACAGGAGUAUGCAGCUCUGAUGCCCAGGAAUGCAUUCAAGUAUGCAAUGAUGAAGGAUGCUCAGUGUCUUGCAGCGGUGAAAAAUGUACCUCGGUAUGUAAUGAUAAAGACUGUACAACUUCCUGCCCCGAUGGCGCAGAGGAGUGCACUCAGGUAUGCAAUGCACAGAAUUGCGCCCUAUCCUGCAAUGCUACGAAAUGUGAUCAGGUUUGCAACAAGGGUGAUUGUACCUUAAAAUGUGGUUCUGGAGUUCAGAGAUGCAUUCAGACAUGCAACAUAGGACCAUGUAAACGUUUAACCAGUAAUUCAGGUUGGCGCCUGAGUAAAGGAUAUGGCAUCUUACUGAUUGCUCCUUUCCUAGCCAAUUUAUUCAAUCUCCUUGAGAAAUUUUGA